AUGUCAUUAAGUGCUUCACCGAGCAGUACCCCCAUUUCCCAAUCAUCCAAUGCGGGUUCCCUUAUUUAUGCCGCCCUAAACCAGCAGCAGUUACAACAGCAGCACCAACAACAAUUGCAACAACAGCAGCAAUUGCAACAACAACAAUUACAGCAACAGCAGUUACAACAACAGCAAUUGCAUCAACAGCAAUUACAGCAGCAGCAUCAGCAACAACAGCAAAUGGUCAGAAAACCACCAACCCCUCUAAUACAACAGCAGACCCAUCAACCAAUGCAUCAGCAACAAGCUCCUCAACAAUCUAUCCAAUCACAGUCUGGUUCUGCCUCUCCCUCGUUGUUGAAGAGACAACCCUCAGCACCGUGCAUUUCGAAUGCCAGCAGUCCAGCCCCAGGCCCACCGUCUCGUGGUUCUGAUUCCGCUUCCCCCAGUUUCCAACAUCAGUUACAAACAUCCCAUUCACUACCAGCAACCAUGGGCUCAGCUUCACCGGUUAACGCGUGCAUGGCUUCGCCAAGCAGUUCCCGACCACCUUCGCGUCAUCAACCCACCAUGCAAAAUAUGAAUCCAAAUUUACCGCCGCCUCCACCGAUUUGGCCACCUUCGUCCUGCUCAGUCACUUCUGCUCCUGUGCCUGUCACCACACAUACGAUUGUCACUACGUGCGUUCCUCCAUCCACGAAUGUGCUCGUAUCACCGGGCGGACAACCACUGAAGCUUCAACAAAGCCCCUCACCACAGAACAAUCAUCCGUCAGCCAUUUCACCGGUUCCAAUGCGUUCACCGAUUACCACACAUAGCAUAACCGGGACGAAUUCAUUCCAUCCACCUGCCACGCACAUGUAUCAAAACAACCAGAGCGGUUCGCAAGUGCUUGUCAGGCGUCAACAAAUCCAAUCACAUGCCCCAACCUACGUGGCAACAGAUCAGCCGACCACAAUUUAUGUGCAACAACAACCACAUCCACAGCACCAACAGACAUUUUCUGAUUCCCAAGGCAACACCUAUCUGAGUUAUUCAGGUAACGUCGCCUGGCAACAUCAACAAACACAGUCUCAUGAUCCUUAUCAUGCAAUCCACUUGCAGCAGCAGCGACAACAGCAGCAUCCCCAAACCCGGCAGAUCUAUUAUGCGCAACAACAUCAGCCACAGUCUCACCCCGGAACGCCUAUUCAGUCGAGUCAAGUUAUUUAUCAGCAACAACAACCUCAACAUCACACAUCUCAACAACUCUCACAACAACAGCAGCAGCAGCAACAUCAGUUACAACACCAAAUUCCUAUCCACCAGCAUCAAACACAACAACAGGUACAUGUUCAACAACAAUCGCAACUGUCUCAGCAACCUCCACCUGGUCGAACACCGUCUAUGUCUCCUAGUACUUCGACAUCCAGUCUUCGACCACAGUCUACUUCGGUCGGAUCAGUCACAGCCUCAGGACCGCAAUAUGCUCCUCAGUAUCUGGCUAGGCCUGCAACGCCAGUUAGCGUUUCAUCAACAGACUACACGGUUGGGGCCGCGACAGGCAAUUCAAAACCCACGCCACUGCCAGCGCAAUCGGUGAAUGAAUUAAUUCAAAUGCCUGGAGUAUAUACGACCGGUGCUGAACCCAAAGACAUGUUUGCAUCACAAGUUCAUCCGGCAACCGGUACCACCUCUGCGAGUGUAUCUAUGACAUCGCGUUCGGAGUCGGUUACCAUGAAUCAAAGUCCGUUGACAUGUGCCGCUACAUCCGGUCCGUCUACCGGACUGGAAGAAAUUGGGUUCGAACCUCCGGUGAUCUUGAGUCGUGUGGUGGCAACAAAAGAGAAACGCUAUCCUCAACCGGUUAAUGUCCUCACGUCUGGUGCCGGCUGUCUUGGUGCGAUACAACAAGCACAACAUCUGCAACAACAACAGCAGCCGUCACAACAAGCCCCUGUCCAGCCAACUUCUCAAGCCGCUGCAAACCAGCCCGCACCACCACAGCAAGCACAAACACUGCCUUCAUGUAGCACAUAUGGAGGUGUACAUCAAGAUCCUUCCUCUGUAGAUUCGGGUCCGCCAAUAACUUCCGCAGACUCCUCAAGUUAG